UGGUGCGCGCCGGCGAGGAAGCCGCCGAGUCUGGGGCGCCGCCGGGCUCCAUGUGGGCGAGCAGCGCCGGCGGAAGGCACAGCCCCGACGGCGGAGAAGCCGCGACCGCGCCGGCGGGGGACCCCCGCACCUCCCACCCUCCCGGCGCGCUUGUUGCUCCGGCCGGCUGGAGAGGGGGAGGCGGACGCGCCACGCGGAGCCAUGAGCCGCCCGCCGCCGGGCUGAGCAGGACCCGAGCGGCACCCCGGGGGCUCUCCCCGCGCUCUCUCCUCGCCGGGGGGUCCACCGGCUGUCUCCGAGCCCCGAGGGCGCCCCUUCCCCCCGAGCAACCCCGCCGCCGCCACCGCCGCCGCCGCUUGCAGGCAUGGGGAACCAAAUGGAGAAACUGACCCACCUAAACUACAAGGAAGUUCCUACAGCCGACCCGACGGGCAUGGACAGAGAUGAGGGCCCAAGGAUUGGAGUCUCCUACAUCUUUUCCAACGACGACGAUGAGCUGGAGCCUCAGCAGGACUCGAGAGUUCCGGGUCUAAGCCGGGAGCACCCUGCGUCCGUGCCCUACGACCCGCGGCUGCAUGAAGUGGAAUGCUCGGUGUAUUAUCGGGACGAGUGCGUCUAUCAGAAAAGCUUUUCUGGGGAUGAUACGCAACCGGCAGAGGUGGAUGGGAGCGGAGCGGGGCCCCUAGCCACCUACACCCCAGAGAACCUUUUGAACAAGUGCAAACCCGGUGACCUGGUGGAGUUUGUGUGUCAGGCCCAGUACCCUCAUUGGGUGGUGUACAUCGGCGAUUUCCAAGUGGUGCAUCUGCACAGGAUGGAAGUCGUGAACGGCUUCCUGACGGAUGCCAGCCAGGGCAGGCGGGGGCGCAUCGCCAACCAGCUGUACCGUUACAAGCCGCUCAGCCCGGCCGCGGUGGUGCAGAACGCUUUGGACCAGGUAGGGUGCAAAGACCAGGAUCUCAGCUGGAGGAACUCGGAAUGUUUUGCCGCCUGGUGCCGCUACGGCAAGCGCGAGUUCAAAAUCGGCGGGGAGCUCCGCAUCGGCAAGCAGCCCUACCGGCUGCAGAUCCGGCUGGGCGACAAGCGAAGCCACACGCUGGAGUUCCAGAGCCUGGAGGAUCUCAUUAUGGAGAAGAGGAGGAACGACCAAAUCGGCCGGGCGGCCGUGAUCCAAGAGCUCUCCAGCCACCUGCAGCCGGCCGAGGAGGAAGACCGUCCCGAUCCGGGCGCCCAGACUGCUGCCGAGUAGCGGCCCAAGCGCAAGCGGGCUGCUCGGCCUGGGUGACACGGAUUAAAACUGAAGGCUGCGAAAUUGAGCUGUUAUAAGCCCUUUGGGCUGCCUCAGUGCAGCUUGGCUCCAAUCACAUGUGAAGGGAUGGGGGGGGGGAGGCAGGAAAGCUGAUUAAGUGUCAGCGCUUAACCCCUGCAAUGCUGGACGGAGCCGGCAACUUUCCACGCCGAAGGUUAAAACUCAGGGAGAUCUCCCCUCCGCUGCCUGUUAGGCCGAAGCCUAUUCCCCAAAUCUCUUCCGCGUGCCAGGGUGUCGCAACCUGGCCCAGCAUCAAGCCAGCAAAUGGCUCUGGAGGGCCUGAUGAAAUCGCAAAGCUGGGAAAUUGCUGCUUUCCUUCCCCGUUCCUGGCUUGCAUUGGUAUUUCUGGAAUCUUGUGUCCUGAGGGUUUACUGGCUGUGAUCUCGGUGGCCACCUUUCCAGCCGUCCUGGGAUUUAAUGGCUGAGGCGCUGUUCACCCUGCGCUACUGUGACCGGCUGGCUGGCUUUUGUUUUUUAAUUUUAAACCAGCUGUGAGGCGUUACGGGAAGGGUCAUGCAAUUUCUUUGUGGGGUUGCUUUGAAAGUAAGGUGGCGUGCUGUUUCUUGGUUUCUGAUAAAGGGGCACCUUUAUCAGACACCUCGAUGGGGAGGUGACCGUUGGAUGCACUUCUCUGCAUUUUCUCAUUCAGUGGAGCUGGGCACGGGCGGGGUGGACAGACCAUCCUUCCUUUGGGUGGCACUGAAGGGACUUGGGUAACUUCUGUUGGUUAGUAGGUCAGGCCACGCUCAAAACUUCAACAUGCAUUGUAGGCGCAGCCUAUAAAUACAUUUAAACCGGCCUUCGUGGGAGGGUGUGUAAGUCUGCAUAACCUGGUUGUUAGAAUUCGUUUGCUUCAGGUCCAGAUACCCUUUGGGCACAGCUCUUAGACUGCAGGUGGGAAUGUCGUGUUCAGCCAGUUUUGUUUGCCUCCGGUUUUUCCAAGAACCUGGUUUUUAGGGAUUCUUGGCCUUUAAGUGGAAACGCAACCUGAAGACGGCAGACUGCAGGUCUGUCGUGGCUAAGCGUUUUGCGCGUCAGGCUGGUGGCGAAUUUGGGCGAGGCUCGGUGGCCCCUCCCGUUGCCUGCUCCCAGGGAAGGCGCUUCUUCCCAAAAGCGUAAUUCUUUCUUCUUUUUUUCCUUUGCACCUUAGUCAGCAUUGCAAAAUUGUUGGCGUUCUCUCCUUUCGUACAGAGGCUUGAAAGAGGAAUUGGGUUGCCUUCGCGUGAAGCUUUUGUGUGUUUUCAAGAUCGGAAAAGUCUCUGUACCCACUUCAAGUAAAUCACCUCUUGAAGUGUCGGCCUCAAGGUUCAUCUUAUUUUCUUUCCUAUUCCGUUCUUGGGGGGGCGGGGGGGGGUUUCCUUUAUUUUUUUUUCCCCCUGGUGGGCCAUUAACCACUGGGCAAAGAAAGAAAGUGGGAACAAGUUAGUUCCUUUUGGUGAUCGGUUUUUGAAGGCCUUCAAGUGCUUUUCACCAAGUAAACAUAGUUAUGGAGGAAAUACAACACCUCCUUCAUUGUGUCUGUUCAGACACUGCUUCUGCGUGAUACACCGGCACUGUUAAGUCCUGUUCCUGGGUAAACCCUUUUGUUCCACCGGGACUUACGCAGUAGCCGUUCUUGGUGGAUCGUUCUCUAGCUGAACGCCGCGUUCUGUUUUCAAGCCCCUGGAGAAUCAAGACAUCAGACUUCAUCUCUCUCUCUCUCUCGCUCUCUGUGUUCUUCACCUGUGCAGGCUGUUAACAACUUUCCCACCCUCCGCUCAAUAAGCAAGAAAGCUGAUUUUCUCAGAUGAGCCUCAGGUUUGAUUUAAGGAGCGGAAUUAGUAUUUGGAAAGCAAAGGCGUUCAGUCUAAUUAAGCGGCGUAUUUUUAAGAAGUUGCCUGAUUUUGGGGCCCACCUUGCGUUGCCUGCUGUUGUUUAUUUCUGGUGCUGGGAGCUAAAAUCUGGGUGUGUUUUUUUUCGCCGCCACACAAGAUUAGGAGGAAUUAUAUCGGUCACAAGCGCCAAGUUUGCACGAUUGAACGCCUGACUGCAGGCUUUGAAACGUGUCCUCCGGAAGGUGUCUAUUGAAAGGCAGAGGUUAGAUCUACUCCGGCGCGAGUGCGUUGAGGAUCAGAAGCAACUUGGAAGGCAGACAUGCUUCAGAUUGCAUUUUGUUGUUGUGUGUCUUAGGCAGACAUUGCAAAACAGUGGUCCUAGUAUCACUUCCAUAGGUGUCAA